AUGUGCACGUCGAGGUGUCUGCGGUGUGUUGGCGUGUCUCUGAUUCCCAUGGCGAUCGUGUGCAUGCUCGCCAACAUCUUGCUGCUGCUUCCUGAGCUGAACGUCCACUUCCUGUUAGAGGGUCAUGUGACCCGAGAGGCGACCUGGGCCACAGGCCUGUGGGGUUCUGGUUUCCUGGUUUUACUCGGAGCUCGAGCAUUCGUCCAGACCAGCAAGACCAAAGGCUGCUGGGCCUUCAGGAGUCAGAUGUUCUGUCAGGUCCUGUACUCCUGUGUGGGGUUUCUGGCUGCCUCCAGCUGUUCUCUGGUCAGUGCCACUGGUCUGGCCAAGGGUCCUCUUUGUCUCUACAACUCGUCCUCUGGUCCCACCUGGGGAGUUCCCCUGCAGCCCGCCCCUGACAGACACUUGGGGUACCUGUACAACCGGACUCUGUGGUCAGGGGUCUGCGUGGAGCCACAGUGGGUGGUCCAGUGGAACGUGGUUCUGUUCGGUGUGAUGGGGGCCACCAGUGCUCUGCAGGCCGUCCUCUGUGGGCUCAACGUCAUGAACUCCAUGCUGGGGCUGAUCCUGGGUCAGGGCUUCUGUCAGAACAAGGUGAGGCAGGUCGGUCCGGUAUAA